GCUGCGGUUCUGAGGUCCUAAGCCUUUGCAAGGUUAUUCACUUUGAUGCUCCAGCUUUGCAGUUGGUUAAUGACACUUAAAAAGUCAGGUGUGCCAAAGAAGGACUUCACAGGAAACGGCAGUGGUUGUGGUGUCUCCCUGGCGUGGUGAGGGCCAUGGCGGUGGCAGGCGAAGCCUCCUGGAACGGCCAGUCCCUGGGGAAGAAAUUGACUUUGGCCCUGGGGCUCCCCGUUGGGGCUGCCAUCGGUUACCUUCUCUACCGGCGGUACAGGAACAGCCAAGGAAUGAAGUGCAGUGGAGAAGGAAGCACCAGAGCCACAGUGACCAUUCCGGUGGAGGCAUACAAAGCCAUUGCCAGCCGCAAGAGCUGCUUCCUCAAUCUGCUGUGCCAGGAGUCGGGGGCUCAGGUGGAGGUGGACACGGAGAUGGCAGGGAAUGCUGAGAGGACCUUCCUGAUAUCAGGCUCUGCUGAGCAGGUGUGCAGAGCCAGGGUUGCCAUCGCACAGCUCGUGACUGACUGCGAGGCCAUCACAGACAUCAUUGAGGUGCCUCAGACUGCCUUUGGACGAAUCAUAGGACGUGGGGGGGAGUCCAUUAAAGCUCUGUGCCGGAAUUCAGGGGCCCGAAUAAAUUGCCCCAAAGAGAAGGGAGGACGUCGCCUGGGGGAGAAGGGCUCAAUUAUCAUCACCGGGACCAGGAAGGAGGUGGAGAUGGCAAAGGAGCUGAUUAUGGAGAAGGUGUUGGAGAAUGAGGUGAUCCGCAAGAGAAUUGCCAGUGCCUCUGCCCAGCGGCAGCACAGGAAGCAGCCGGUGGGACUGAAGCAGCAGGAGGAGGGCUGUAGCAGCUGGCAAGGGCUGCCCUCCAAGGGGGAUAAGGGCGGUGAUCGAGUCGGGGUUCCCCAGGCUAAUGGGACCCUGGCGGCUGCUCAAGUGUGCCAGACCGAUGCCAAGAAAGAACAGGCCAACACCAACGCAGGUCUCGAGCUGGUGAAAGAGCCACCCCAGCAGAUCUCCAAAUUUGAAAUUCCCAGUCCAGACCUGAGCUUCCAGCCGGAUGAGCACCUGGAGGUGUACGUGUCAGCCAACGAGAAUCCCCAGCACUUCUGGAUCCAGAUCCUGGGAGUGCGCUCGCUGCACCUGGACCAGCUGACCAGCGAGAUGAGCCACUACUACAAUAAUGGAACUCAGGAUGAGAAGAUCCGGAGCGUGGUGGUGGGUGACAUUGUGGCUGCCCCAUACAGACAACAUGGGACUUGGCACAGAGCGAGAGUCCUGGGCUUCCUGGGGAAUGGGCUGGUGGAUGUGUACUACGUGGACUAUGGGGACAAUGGGGAGAUCUCUCCUGACUGGCUCCGGAACCUCAGGAGUGAUUUCCUGAGCCUGCCUUUUCAAGCCAUAGAGUGCAGUCUUGCAGGGGUGUGCCCAGCAGGGGAGACGUGGACAGAGGAAGCGCUGGAGGAGUUUGACCGCCUGACCUACUGCGCACAGUGGAAACCUCUCCUGGCCAAACUGUGCAGCUAUUCCAUGACGGGAACGUCCACCUGGCCCAAAGUCCAGCUGUAUGACUACAGUAACGGAAAGGCGCUGGACCUGGGCGAGGAGCUGAUCCGGCUGGGUCAUGCCAUGCGCUGCCGGGACACGGGGGCCAGUGAGGAGGGGGUCCCCCUGGAGAAGGGGGAGAACAUGUCUCUGCAGAAGGUGCUGGACGAUGUGACAGGAGCUGCCUCUGAGUUGAGCUUGUCCUGUCUCAGUCUGUCAGUUGCUCCAGGUCAACACUGGGCCACACAGACUCUAAGUAUGAAGCCGAAUGGGUUUUCCUCCAGUCCGAUCGUCCAGCCAGAGGCCAUGCGCAGCGAUGUGGAGAUCACCUCUCCCAUCCUCCUGAGCUCUUUCAUUGGACGGCUGGAAUCCACGCCUUCUCGUGAGGGCAUUAGCAAGUCGAGGGAAUUCCUUUCCCCUAGUCCUGUGCAUCCUGGGACCAGUCCAGGUCUGUUAAAAAGGCAGCCAGCCACUCCUCAGUCCCCUGCUCUGCUAAAGAACAGGAAGCCAAGGCAUCCACUUCCCCUGACUUCCAACACUCUUGAAGUCAAAGACUCUCCUUCUGGAACAUACAAAACCUUCGACCUUCCAGAUCAACAGUCCAACGUGCCAAUGUCCCCCUCCUCCGCUGUGGAGACUGUGACCUCCAUUCUGCAUUCCGUCGUACUGUCUGAUGAAGUCUUUGAACACAGCAGUGUCAGUGCGGUAUCUGACUUGGACACUUCAGCUAGUACCUCUCUAGGCCCUGACAGCAGCUUGUACUCCCCCCGAGGAUGUCCCUUCUUCAUGUCGGCUUCUGAGGAUUCCUCCCUCUCCUCCAGUGAGACCUCGGCCUCUCUCGGGGACUCGGAGCAGAGUGUGACCAGCACCCACUCUUCCAGUGGCUUGAACCCAGGCAGUUACCUUGUGGAGAGUGUGGUAAAAGAGGAUGACGUAGAGGAUGUUGAAAUCCCGAGAAGAGCAGGAGAAAACCAGGAGAUCUUGGGCUCCUUCCUAUUUCUCGAGCAAAAGGUUACAGUAUCACCCUUGCCGAAAGCUACCGUCUCUGGUCUCAGCCACACCAUCCUGGAAAAACAAGAGGUUUCUCAUCCAGAAGGGGCUUUUUCCGGCUGUAUGGAAACUAAUUCUUCUUUCUGCUUUCCCAUUGAGAAGGUAGUUGAACCAAAGUAUUGUGGAAUAGAAGUGCAAAUUGAGGAGAAGGCCAUUGCUGGUGAACAGGUCCUCUCUUGUUUUCCUGUUAAGACCUUCACCAUUCCAAAAGGUGAUGGUAAAGGAUUAAGGGAUCCAAAUCUGAAUGGUACAGGGGAUAUUUCUGUAAGUUUGGAAAUUGCAACAGCCCUUUGUAAUGAAAGUUUGGAGGUUGCCAAGGUCGGAAUUGAAGAGAAAGAUCAUUUAUCAAGCAAGGGGGUGUCUUGCACUGAAGAACAGACUGCCUUCAGAGCAUGUCAUCAGGAGUCACGUGAAGAAGUGAAGGAUAAUGAGGGGGUCAUAUCUGCUUUAAAUCUGACGGACAUUGACUGUGGGACAAAAGUGAAGAAAACUGAUGUUGAGAAGUCAUCUGCUGCCUUUCAUAGGAAUGAGGAAUGUAAUGUACCAGAACUGAUGGCGAAAGUCCCUGGUCCUUCCUCUUACCUAAGGAAUGAUCUAUCUUCUAAGCUAAGUACUGUGCUAAAUCUUAACACUGGAGUUUCUCGAAGACUGGAUGUAUAUGACCCUACAGACGGUGAGGAAGGUGAUUUUGACAUUUCAGGAGAUGUCAAGAGAGAUAUACCUGUAGCAGCUGAAGAUAUCAACAGGGACAUUGAAGAGGAAGAUCUCAGGAGUACAGGAGGAGGUGAUUUCGAGGAGGCAGUGGAGUUUAGAUCAAGCUUUCCUGAUUUAAGGGCAGGUUGUGAAGAACUUGCGCUUGACAAUCCUGAAGCUGCUGGUGAAUUUGGUGAAGGUUUGGAUUGUGGACCAGUUGAGCUUCCUUUUGAGAUUAAAGCCCAGCCUUCUGAGGUCCUCCUCCAGGAGAUGGAGGCCCAGAUUGCCCUUGAUGUAACACUUUCAUUCCAUGGAGUCAAUGUGGGUGCCUCAGAAAUCGCCUCCAUUUCCGGGAGUGGGGAUGAUAUCAUUGAAGAUGAAUCAAUCUGAAACCAAAGACCAAAGUGUGUCGGGGAUUCACACGGCGCCCCCUGCUGACAACAAAUGAAGUUUUGCAGUCUGACUGAACCUUGACCCCAGCGUGCUUGUGCCACAGCCAUGGCAGAAGAGCAGAACCAAGUGCACCUGAGGCUCGGUGCUCUCCGUCUUUUUCUUUUUGGACUUUCAGACAAUCGUGAGAAGUGUUCCCUCGUUUGCCUGUGGAACCUCCUGUGUCAGCCCCCUGUCCUUCAGCUCUGGAGCUGUGUAAGGCCAGUCCCUGGGGCUACAGUGCAAGGUUUCAAUACUGCCAUCCCUCACUGUGAAGCAGGAACCUCUUGAGAGACAGUCACAGGCAAAGAGUGUGUUCGUUUUGUUUACUGUGCACAAUGGGAAGGGUGUGCCUCUGUGUGUGCUUUACUCUAAAGACACAUGGAAGUCGUAAUGGAGCGACUCCACUUUUCUUCAUUUCAGAACAGAUUGUUACAGUAUUCCAUCCUGUUGUAUUGGUCUUCACUGUGUGAAAAAUAUGAGCUGCUGUACAUGCAAGUCUUUAGUUUUAUGGUUCUAAUUAUCCCAGUGCUGUGUUUUUGGCGGUGGGGAUUUUUUUGAUGCGUUUUGUUUCUCUCAUUUUGGAAUGUUUGAAUAUAUACGUACUGUAGGCAGACUUGCUGCCUCAUCCGUCUGUUUCCAAGAUUGGCGUUCCAGGGCUCAGCUCUGGGUACCUCUGUCUCUUCUGGUACACACUCCAUUCUUGUUUCCUUAGAGACCCUUGCGGUUGUUUUGUUGCAGUGAUAUUAGUAACACAUGAAUAUUUGAGAAUUGCAGGAAAGGUCUCGCUAAGGAAAAAUGCACCACUGUGUACAUGAGUCGCAGUGUUUAUGGUUUGAAUUAUCUGUGUGCUGGUUUGGCACUGGAGAUGUUUUUUUUUUCUUGUUCUUUUCCUCUUGUUUGAAAUGUUUAAAUAUAAUUAUAUACAGUACAUUGUGUGAGAAAGUAAUUGGGAUUUUCUUACAUGUUUGCUCCAUGUUUUUAUUUAUGUUGCUCAGAAAAUACCAUAGAAAACACUUAUUUUCGGGAAACUUAAUUUAUAAUUGUUACCAUGUGAAUAGUCUGUUACAUCUAAAUCUAUUAUACCUCUGUUAAUUAAUUCUUGGGGUUUGGAUUUAUUAUAAAAUGUGUCUCAAAUCCUCAUGUUGGGAGAGAUGCAUCUCUUGAAUUGUCUGAAAAAUUGAUAAUUUAAUGCUUAAUGCAACAGUUGUUGUAAAUGGUGAACAGAUUUUAAACUGCUAGGUACAAGCAUAUUUGGCAGAACUUAACAUUAAAAUGGAGAACUUUGUUUUAGAGUAUAA